AUGGAUGUUAAGAGUGCUUUUCUCAAUGGUGUCAUAAAGAAGAAAUCUAUGUUUCAGGGGUUCGAAGGCCCAUGCAAAACUGAUCAUGUGUAUCGUUUAAACAAAGCUCUCUAUGGGUUAAAACAAGCUCCCCGAGCUUGGUAUGAGAGGUUGACAACUUUUCUAUUAAGUAAAGACUUUGUUAGAGGAAGUGUCGAUAAAACGCUUUUUGUCCAGCAUAAGGGAAAGCAUUUACUUGUAGUUCAAAUUUCCAUGGAUGAUAUUAUUUUUGGGUCUACAUCUCCUGCUCUUGUAAAUGAAUUUUUUGAUUUUAUGCAAAGCAAGUUCGAGAUGAGCAUGAUGGGCGAGCUUACAUUUUUUCUUGGGUUACAAGUACGUCAAUUUGAACAUGGAAUAUUAAUUGUAUCUCAAACUAAGUAUGCCUCCAACUUAGUUAAGAAAUUUGGUCUUGAAUCUGCUAAACACUCUCGUACACCGAUGAGCACUAAUACAAAAUUGUCAAAAGACUUAGAUGGCGUCUCUAUAGAUCAGACUCUUUAUCGUAGCAUGAUUGGUGGUCUCCUCUAUUUGAUUGCAAGCAGGCCUGAUAUUGCCUUUAGUGUUGGAGUCUGUGCUCGUUCCCAAGCCAAUGCUAAAGAGUCUCAUCUUGCAACAGUUAAGCGUGUUAUAAAAUACAUUAACGGAACCAUGGGUUAUGGUAUUUGGUUGUCUAACGAUACUAAUUCAAACUUAGCUGGUUUUUCUGAUGCUGACUGGGUUGGGUGCGCUGAUGACCGUAAAAGUACUUCGGGGGGAUGUUCUUACAUUGGAAAUAAUCUUGUAGCGUGGUUUAGUAAGAAACAGAAUUCUAUUUCCUUAUCUACUGCCGAAGUGGAGUACAUCGCAGCAGGUAGUGCGUGUACAGCAUCUCUGGAUAACAAAUGCUGCAUGAGUACCGGUUACCUCAAGAAUGCAAUACUGUUUACUGUGACAACGCGUACAAGUGCUAUUAACAUCCCGAAAAAUCCUGUGCAACACUCUCGCACAAAAGCACAUUGA